AUGAAAGCCGUCGUGGUGAACAAUUGGGUUGAACGAAUUGAUGAACUAAGGGUCGAUAAAAAUGCGCCCGAGCCUAAAUUGGAAGAGAAUCAAGUCUUGGUGGAAGUUAAAGCCACGGCCCUUAACUUUUUUGACAUUUUACAGGUGCAGGGAAAAUAUCAAGAAAAGCCACCACUUCCUUUCAUACCUGGUGUUGAGAAAUAUAAAGUGGGUGACCGUAUAUUCGGUGUUGGAAACGGAUGUUUCGCCGAACGUGCGACAGUAGAUGUGGAUAGUUCGCAUUUAAUACCCAGUGGUAUGAAUUAUGAAGAAGCAGCAGGAUUGUACGUCACUUACCCUACCAGUUAUGCCGCACUGGCAUUUCGAGCAAAAUUAAGAGAAGGCGAGUGGUGUCUUGUUCAUGCGGCAGCAGGUGGUGUGGGCAUUGCCGCUGUUCAGUUUGCCAAGGCUCUGGGAGCAAAAGUGAUUGCCACCUGCGGAUCGGAAGAAAAAUUGGUCAUUGCUAAAAGAUUUGGAGCAGAUUAUGGUAUUAACUAUAACGAAAAAGAUUGGCACAAACAGGUACUGAAAAUCACUGGUGGACAUGGCGUAGAGGUUGUUUACGAUCCCGUUGGAUUAAUUAGGUCAUCUAUUAGAUGCCUAGGCGGAGAAAUUGAAAAAAUUCCAGCCAACUUGAUCUUAGUGAAGAACAUUUCAAUUUUAGGAUUUUAUUGGGGAUCCUACAAAAGGAAUGAACCCGAACGGAUUCCGGAUGUAUGGCGUGAAAUAUUUAAGUUAAUUGCAGAAAAGAAAGUAAAAUCCGUGGUGUAUGAAAAAAUUUAUCAUGGAUUGGAUAGUGUAAAGGACGGAAUGAAUGCUAUUUAUAGGAGAGAAACUUAUGGUAAAGCUAUUGUUAUCCCUGGCAGCAGCAGGGAGAGUAAGAUUUGA